CCAAAACAAUUCGUUCAAAAAGAACGAAUCGUUCGCGACCGAUACAACACUAAGGUAUACGUGCGCGUCAUACGUCAUGACGUAAAGAACGUGUGGCUGGAGUUGCAUUGGAUUGCUUUGGAAAAGUCGUUCUUUGAAGACAAUCCACUAAGCCCCAAGACGUAAUGUAAUCGAUUGAAAGGUGUCAGAUAUUUUGGGCAAGAAUCCGUUCAAUUUCACUUCUGCUUCGAGUCGUUUGGGUGCACGUUGAAACUUCGAGGCCUGCUUUGUUAGCCUAGCCUAGUUUAGUAGCUAACAAAAGAGAACAAGCAACGGUCCUGGGAUAAACACGUCGCCGAACAAGCCAACAUCAAGUCCCAAAAUGUCAGAUGUCAGUCACGCGCAUCGUCCUGAACGCCUGGAGUCUGCUCGCAUGGAGUUAGCUGAAGAGUCGCCAUACAUCAAAAAGCUGGAGGAAGAAUUUGUCCACAUUAAAGAGGAGCAGGAGGAGUAUUUCAUUAGAGUGGAGAACCCCCACAUUGAGGAGCAGCAGCAACCUGAUCCCCUCAAAAAGGAUGAGGAGGACCCUCCAUAUGUUAAAGUGGAGUUGGUGAACAUCCCCAAGUGGACUGGUGAGCCCUUAAAGGGUGAAGAUGGAGGUCCGAGUGAGGGCAGCAGAGGGGCGGAGCCUCCAAAUGGCAGCAGCUGUUCAAAAGAAGGGUCCCAGGCAGACAACCUCAUCGCUCGACCAUCAGAGAGUGACGAUUUCACAUCACACUCCCUGUUCUGUUUCAGAAAAUAUCUUGGUGCUGAGCCAGAAUCUCCUGGCGUAAAAGAGGGUGUUGAGCUCCCCCAAAUCAAAGAGGAGCCAAAGCCCUGUCAACAAAAGCAACUUCCAAUCAAAAAGGACGAGGAGGAGCUGCCAUAUGGUAAAAAGGAGGAAGAGGAGGAGCAUAUCACCAGGUCUACUGGUGAUCCCUUGAAGAGUGAAGAUGGUCUAAGUGAGGCCAGCAGAUUGGCGGAGCCUCCAAGCGGCAGCAGCUCAACAGAAGGAUUGCAAGCAGACAUUUUCAUCGCUACUUCAGACACAAAUGGCACCAUGUCACACUCACCUUACAUUGAUGAUGGUCAUAAUACAUCUCACGGUGACAACAAACUCUGCAAAUGCUCUCAGUGUGGGAAAACCUUUGCUAAUAAGUAUAAUUGUCGGAUGCAUAUGAGGAGCCACACUGGUGAAAAGCCUUUUUCCUGCUCGGUUUGUGGAAAAGAUUUUGUUUCAGUGGGAAACCUAAAAAAACACACAAUAAUCCACACUGGCGAAAAACCUUUUGCCUGCUCAAUUUGUGAGAAAAGAUUCAGGCACAAUAGCAACUUCAUAUCCCACGCAAGAACCCACACUGGUGAAAAACCUUUUUCCUGCUCAAUUUGUGGUCAAGGAUUCAGUCAUAAGAGUGCCUUAAAAGUACACACAAGAACCCACACUGGCGAAAAACCUUUUUCCUGCUCAGUUUGUUGUCAAGGAUUCAGUCAGAAGAAUGCCUUAAAAGUACACACAAGAACCCACACUGGCGAAAAACCUUUUUCCUGCUCAGUUUGUGGUCAAGGUUUCGCUCGAAAGGAUCACUUAAACAAACACACGAGAACUCACAUUGGCGAAAAACCUUUUUCCUGCUCAGUUUGUGGUCAAGGUUUCGCUCGAAAGGAACACUUAAAAAAACACACAAGAACCCACACUGGCGAAAAACCUUUUCCAUGCUCAGUGUGUGGUCAAAGAUUUGCUCAAAAGCGAUCCUUGAAAGAACACACAAGAAUCCACACUGGCGAAAAACCUUUUUCCUGCUCAGUUUGUGGUCAAGAUUUUGCUCGAAAGGAACACUUAAACGAACACACGAAAACCCACACUGGCGAAAAACCUUUUUCCUGCCCAGUUUGUGAUAAAAGAUUCAGUUACAAGACCACCUUAAAAAGACACACAAGAACCCACACUGGCGAAAAACCUUUUCCAUGCUCAGUUUGUGGUCAAAGAUUUGCUCAAAAGCGAUCCUUGAAAGAACACACAAGAACCCACACUGGCGAAAAACCCUUUUUCUGCUCAGUUUGUGGUCAAAGAUUCAGUCAUAAGAGCAUCCUAAAACAACACAUAAGAACCCACACUGGCGAAAAACCUUUUUCCUGCUCAGUUUGUGGUCAAGGAUUCUCUAAAAAGCAACACUUACAAAGUCACGAAAGAACCCACACUGGCGAAAAACCUUUUUCCUGCUUAGUUUGUGGUCAAGGAUUCUCUCAAAAGCAACGCCUACAAAGUCAUGAAAGAACCCACACUGGCGAAAAACCUUUUUCCUGCUCAGUUUGUGGUCGAGGUUUCGCUGCAAAGAUAAACUUACAAAAACACAUAAGAACCCACACUGGCGAAAAACCUUUAGGUUAGGCUAGGGUUGGGCGAUUACGUUCGUAUUCGUGGUACACUGUAUUUUUGUGAUAGCAUUUCUGUUUGGACUUUGCCAUUUUGUGUUUUACCUUUUCUGGCCAUCAACGUCUUUCCUUUGGGUCUCUCGGCAACUGGCAUCAUUUAUAUCAUAAUCUCCUAUUCAAACUACACUUUUCACAUUUAAUAUUUGAAACCGCGGACCCCAAAUUCCAAAAAUUACAAAUCAUUCAUAACACUAUCAGGAAAUUGAAAAGGGAAAUUAGAAUAUAUUGUUAAAUAUUGCAAAAAUACUGAUAAUAGAAAAAUCAAUUCUUGCUCACAAAUGAUUUUUUUGUGAGGGGAUAAACGUUACCAAGGCGCAAAUAUGAAUUUUCACGAUACAAAAACUGGGACAUUUUCUAAAAUUCAAUUGGAGGUCAAAAAUGAACAUGAUUAUGAUGAUAGUAAUAGUGCCCAGUGGGGAAAAGUUAGUUGAGGAUCUAGAUUGUGGAGUCCUGAAAGGAAAUCUAUCAUUGGUGUCUUCAAAUUGGUAGAAUAUGUUUUUUAGCCAUAAUAUUUGUUGUUUUUUAUUCGUGUGCAAUUUAUUUUAGCGUUGUGAAAAGGGGGUGUGAAACAGAGUCUUAUUGGACCUUUUAGUUUUCAAAUGUGUUCGUGUGUCAUUGCGCCGUCUAGCUGCGGGGAUUUGCAUUAACAUACAUGGGCACUUUUAUUUCCAAUACCAGAACACUAAGUUAAUUAGAAGUAGUGAUGCACGAUAAUGCAUUUUUCAGCCGAUACCGAUAACCGAUAAUUUCCUCCUCGUUCCAACCGAUAACUGAUAAUGUCAAGCCGAUAAUUUUAUUAAAAGAUUUAUGUAAAAUUUUAAAGUAUACACAAGAGAAAAUAUUACUGUGCAAAAAUAUUAUUGCGCUUUUUUUCCAACAUCAAAUGUGAAAAAGUAGUAAAUUCCAACAUCUGAAUAAAGACAGAUUGUCUGACAUUGUGUAAUGGUAAACUUUUGGCAACAAUUACUCAGAGUAAAUACAUAAGUUGCACAAAAAUGGCUUUAAAAGUAAGCCAUUCCUAACGUAUAACAUUACUACACAGCAAAAACACAACUCCUUAAAACUAGUUUAAUUCCCUUGUUUUCAGUGUAAAUCUAUUGGAAAUAAGUGAAAUUAACCGCCAGCACUUAAAGUAUAUUUCACUCAGAUUCCUUGAAGAAAAAUAGCCAGCUGAAAAUAAGCUUAACAGCCUUAUUUUAAGCAAUAAAUUAUACAUAAUCCUAAAAAAAAAAAAAAUUGUCAGAAAUGUUCUUUAUUCGAGAAUAUGUAUGGUGGAAAAUAUUAUUUGAAAGCAAUUUUUUCUUGAUUUAGGUGAAAAAUGACAUUUUUUAGAUGUUUGGGCUUAAUAAAAACAAAUGGCAAUAUUUAGUUCAAGUAAGUGGAAUAAUCUGCCACAUUCAUCUGUUAACUAGUCUUCAACACUCAAAUAAGCUGGGGAAAAUUAUUUGACUAGAUUUAAGAAGAAUGAUGUGAUUAAGACGUCAUAAAUUUAAAGCGUACUGAAUGCAUUACUGACUGGAUGACUUCUUUGUGUGGUUUGGUGCAUGUUAAAAUUAUCAACUAACCACUGUGCCGUCAUGAAAAACAUGCUUUCUUGACAUCACUUGUGUAAAUGUCCGUGGUAAAACUGAGGUGAUCGGCAUGUCUUUCACGAAGAAUCGUGGUCGUAUAAAUUGCGUUAUUUUUUUCAUCCAGGGGUUUGGCUAUCGGUCAUUUCGGGAAUUUCCCCCCGCCUGUGCCCUUCAGUCCGCCUGGCUGCCAAAUUAGCACCCGCGCCAGGCCUCUGUCUCGAACCGGAGUGGCGGCGGCAGCUAAGUUCGUACCGGAUAUCCGCCCACCCCGGCCAGCUCGCUGCAGCAUAUUCAGUGCUUGGCUCUGCUCUGCCUGCCGAGGGCGAGGCGGCGGCCUGCAUGACCAGACCGGCGGGCUCCGUCGGAAGACAGCUACUUGUUGACUGUCGGUCUCGUGAGGUGUUUAGCCAUAGAUGGGAUUUUACCACCCGCUUUGGGCUGCAUUCCCUAACAACCCGACUCCGGGAGGACCGCAGCGUCUCUGUAUCGUCACAAGCCCCUUAGCUUAUUUUAUAGUUUAUUUGUGUUUACAAUAGCUUUAGCAUUCGCGCUAGCAACAGCCUCGUAUUCGUUCCAAAAAUCAUUGUAAUGCAGUUUUAAAUGGCUGCUGGGUUACUGCUAGUGGUGUUCAAUGAGGACGCUUUCUUUACGCCUCGUGGAACUGUUUUGUAGAUGGCGAGAGCGUCGUUUAUUCCAUUUCACACACGGGAAAAGCAACGCACGCUAGUAAGAGUGCCUCAACACUGAUGUGUAACACCACCUCCUCUAUGACGCCGUACUCCUCAACCCCUCCUCCCACAGUGGGUUCAGAGAGGGGAGGGGUUGAGCAGGCGGAGGUGGAAAAGUGGAGAAAACUGCUUGGUUGCGCACAUUUGGAGGCUAAAUCAAGUAUAUGAUUAUCCGAUUGCAUUAUCGGUUGAUUUUUUUUAUUGUUUUAUCUGUAUUAUCUGUGUGACGUCAUAAUUGCCAUUAUCGGCCGAUAAUUAUCGGUAACCGAUAUUAUCUUGUAUCUUUAAUUAGAACAAGGAGAUAAAGGCUUGGAUGAGUAAAAAUUCUUGCAGCUGAACAGCGCCAAAAGAGAAGCUAUUCACAUGGGUCCUCCUCACCAGCUCCAUUCCGCCCCCAUUUCCUCAGUCUCCAUUUUCGGCCACAAAUUUUCCUUCUCCCCUUCUAUGACUAAUUUGGGAGUCAGGUUUGACCCCCAUCUUAGCUUUAACAAUCACAUCAAUUAUAUUUGCAAAACCUCCUUUUUUCACCUCCGCAAUAUUGCCAAACUCUGACCAUCUCUCGCCCGUCCUGCUGCAGAUAGACUCGUCCAUGCUUUAAAGGGCGACAGGGCCUUUGCAGCUGCUGCUCCCCGUCUGUGGAACGCCCUCCCAGACCACCUCAGAGCCCCGCAGACAGUGGAUGCAUUUAAGAAAGGACUAAGGACUUUGUUAUAGGUAAUUUGGUGAGUGCCACGUUGAUUAGCUGCUCUCCAGUUUUGUGGAUCAGCAUCCCUACACAUGAUUAUCUCACUUUGGGUGGGCUUUG